CGCACCGAUGCAGCAGACGACUACUUAUUCUGUUCUGGUUGCUUGCGAUUGCUGCGAUUCGCAGUCGCGCGCAAGUCGGCGUAAUAGCAAGUAUAUACCUCAAGUCGACAGAUCGAACUUUGACAUCACGUUGACACAUAGCCAGUCGAAUUGUACAAAUCGAAAGUGGUGAAAACGAAGUUGUAACAAAGAAGAAUUUGCCAAUAAAAAUUGUUCUUUAUAGUUUUGAAAAUGUUACUAUCUGCAAAAUCAACUACCUUGGGAUUGAUAAUGAUAUGGCUAUGUUGCACUGUUCAAACGAGCAAUGUAUUGCGAAUUUUGGGCAUCUUCCCAUUCCAAAUGAAAAGUCAAUUUGUAAUGGGCGAGGAGUUGUUAAAGGCUUUAGCAGCAAAGGGUCAUCAAGUGGAUGUUUAUAGUCACUUUCCCUUGAAAAAUCCAAUACCGAAUUAUAAUGAUAUCAGUUUAGAAGGCACAUUACCAGCUCUAACCAACAAUGUUACCAUCGAAGCAGUGACAUCAAUACCAGAUACUGUUCAGUUAAUGGACUCUUGGUAUCGUGACCUUUGUCAUCCUAUAUGUGAUUUAUUGAGGAUGCCACAAUUUCAAAAACUUAUCCGUGACCCACCAAAGGAUCCACCAUACGAUAUUAUCAUUAUGGAGUUUUCUAUGACUCAUUGUUUCAUUCCAUUCGGCCGCCAUCUGAACGUCCCAGUUAUAGGAGUCCAGGCAUUGCCACUCUAUCCAUGGCAAUAUGAUGCCUUUAGAAAUCCAGUAAAUCUAGCCUCCGAGCCGAAUUUCGUAACGUCCUAUUUUAAUCCUAUGUCGUUUCCAGAAAGAAUCGGCAAUUUUAUCACACACAAUCGUUUAAUACGAUUAGCACACAAGUACUCUGACAUACAAAACAACUACAUCUUGAAAUACUUUGGGGAAGGAUUUCCGCACGCGGCAGAUCUGCUCAAGGACGUUGCUUUGAUGUUUGUCGUCGAAGAUUUCUCUCUGUUCGGGGCAAAAGCCUUUAUGCCCAAGAUUGUGCCCGUUGCUGGACUGCACAUUGCGAACCAAAGUGAAACUUUAGCAAAGCAAGUGCAGGAAUGGCUCGACGAAAGUACGAACGGCUGCGUUGUAUUCACUUUUGGAUCGAUGAUCAAAAUUGAGACUCUUCCCAGACACAUAAUCGAAGCGUUCUACAAGUCUUUCGAAAAUAUCGCACCGGUCCGUGUGCUUAUGAAAAUUGCAAAACCAGAACUGUUACCGGCUGGUCUCCCUUCCAACGUUCUUACGCAAACCUGGCUCCAGCAAGGAGCUGUGCUGAAACACGAAAACACAAGAGCCUUCGUGACGCACGGCGGUCUCAUGGGUACCCAAGAAUCAAUUUACUACGAGGUGCCAAUGAUUGGUAUCCCAAUUUUUUUCGAUCAGCACUACACUCUCAACACGUAUGCCAGUAAGAAAAUAGCUAUUAAAUUGCCGUUGUACGAAGUGACCGAAGCAACCUUCACGCACGCUCUGCGGCAGAUUUUGCAAAAUCCUAAGUACAGGGAAAACGUGCAGAAAGUUAGUAGACAGAUGAAAGAUCGACCAGUAAGUGUCAUGGACACCGCGUUAUUUUGGGUACAGUACGUACAUCGACAUGGGAAAGAUGCACUAAAAUCGGCAUCCGAAGAUAUGCCAUGGUGGCAAGUUUCGCUCUUGGACGUUUAUGCUAGCCUGGUAACUUUAUCGCUUCUAGCUGUAUUUAUUUGUAUACAACUACUUAAAUUGAUUUUUAAAAUUCUUAUUUCUUCUACGAGAAAAUCUAAAACAAGUGAAAUCAAGAAACGCAAUUAGAAACAAAUCGGGUAAAGGUGUUAGUUCAUAAGAAUUAAAUGUGUUGGCAAACUGCGAUUUUUCAUUUGCUGUUUAGAUAACCAUUUUCAAUGUCAGCUAGUGACACUACAGGAAAAAGUUCAUAAAUUUGAUGCAUACUUGAAUGAAUUAUUUCUUAUUUCAAGAGCAAUUAUUCUCAUUUUGUUGUACAUUACAACAUUUCAAACUUAAAAUGGAAACAAUAUUUUCAAAGUUGUUCUCUAUAAAUAAAUAUAUUCUUUUUGAUCAUAGAAGAAAAUAAAUUUUAUUUUUAGGAUGACGAAUAAUAAACAAACAUAGUAAAAUACAAUUUAAAGCAAUUGAAACUUAAACGAAUAAUAACUAAAUUGGACAAUAGUGACGUUUAAAAUAUUUAUUAGUAUUUUGUGUUUACUUUUUUGUGUUAAGCGUCCAAAUGACGAACAAAUAAUUGUUAAAAAGAACAAAUCAAUUUAUAAUCUAUUUCCAAAUUCUUUUACUUAUUUUUCACCUCAACAGCCUGUCGUUCAACUGUUUUAAAUACUCCGUGAAAUAUACCUACUAUAUACAUAAACAAACGUAAACACUCUAAGAUAACAUUUGAAAUAUUCUGAAUUACUAGGACGUUUCUAACGCGCCUUUGCAAUGUUAAAACGUGAUCCUAUUCUUACAAGGAUAGCUGUGAGCCCGAAAGAUAUUGUCUUUCGUGCACACGGUCACAAUAAUCGGACGGUUAUUGUUUAGGAACGCUUAUUUUUUCUAAUUUCAAUAAAUUUUAUUAAAUCGAAUAAUAAAACAACUCAACAAGAAAUAAUGAUUUGAGCGAAACAAACACACUUACAAUUUAUUUUCGUAGCAAAAGUUAAAACAUUUCAAUCGUAAUUUAAAUAAUACUAUUGUUAAACAAUAUCUAUUGUAUACACAAUAGAUUGUGUAUAAAAUAUUUAUAUCGUUUCUUUUACCGAUUAUUAUUUUUAUUCAAAUUUCAUCUGCAGUUGUUAUAGGAAAAGUGUAAUUGUGAGAUAUUUUAACAAGAGAGAGAUAAUCUACGCUACGUAUUGUAUUAGCUACCAAUAUAAAUUCAUUAAAUAUUAUUAUUAAGGCUCAUGAUGUUUUUUAGCCUCGGAAUUCAUAUUUAAAAGCAUAUAUUUUGAACUGAUAUUUAUUAUCUUGUAACGAAUGUAAUUGUAAUAAAUAUACCUUGUAAUAAAUAUUCA